AUGGGUAGUGUUAGUUUUAAUCUUCGCCGUUUUCUCUUACAGUUAUUUCUCGUCCUAGCCGCAACUGCAACCGCACAUGCUACCCAUAACCAUUUCCUCCCGAGGCCACGGAUUGGGUAUUACGGUAGUGCAUGCUGGAAUGUAGAAUCGAUAGUGCGAUCCGUGGUCCAGUCUAACUUUCAGGCUAAUCCAGCUAACGCUCCGGGUAUUUUGCGUAUGCAUUUUCACGAUUGUUUCGUCCGUGGCUGCGACGGCUCAGUCCUCCUCGAUGGACCUAACUCUGAGAGAACCGCGAUUCCAAAUCUAUCGUUAAGAGGGUUUAAUGUCAUCGCAGAAGCUAAGACUCAGCUUGAGAUCGCUUGUCCUCGAACAGUCUCUUGUGCUGAUAUUCUCGCACUCGCUGCACGUGACUUCGUGGAUUUGACCGGUGGACCAUGGUGGCCAGUUCCAUUGGGACGACUCGAUGGCCGGGUUUCGCUAGCCUCUGAAGUCAUUUUGCCGGGACCUACCGACUCUGUUGCGGUGCAGAAACAGAUGUUUGCCGCAAAAAAUCUUAACACACAAGAUCUUGUUGUCCUUGUUGCCGGACACACGAUAGGAACGGCCGGAUGUGGUGUGUUUAGUAGCAGGUUCUUCAACUACAACAACACAGGAAGUCCCGACCCGACCAUCGACCCAAGCUUCGUCCCUCAGAUCCAAUCUCAAUGUCCUAUCAACGGCAAUGCCGCCGCUCGUGUCGCUCUGGACACGGGAAGUGAAAACCAGUUCGACACCUCGUACCUUAACAACUUGAGGAUCGGUCGUGGUGUCCUUGAGUCCGACCAGAACCUUUGGACAGAUCCCGAGACUCGAGCCAUCGUGCAACGGCUUUUAGGACUACGGUUUCCGUUUCUUCUUUUCAGACCCGAGUUUGCUAGUUCGAUGGUUAAGAUGAGUCGGAUUGAAGUCAAGACGGGGUUGGAUGGGGAGAUUCGUAGGGUUUGUUCUGCGGUUAACUGA